UCGGUUCAUUUAAUUAAAAGCGAGACACAAAUUGGCGAGUACGAUCCGAAAAACCAAGUAUCAACUGGAAAGAGCAGAGAUCUCGUUAAUUUUGAUCUAUCCUUCCUUCCCUGUGUUCAAAAACCAUAAAAAUAACAGAAAAAUCAUAAGCGAGAUCUGAAUCAAACAAUGGCGACUAGAUACUGGAUAGUAUCUCUGCCUGUUCAAACAACAUCAUCUUCUUCAUCUCUAUGGAAUCGCUUACAAGAAUCCAUUUCCAAAAACUCAUUUGACACUCCUCUUUACAGAUUUAAUAUACCGAAUUUACGUGUCGGAACUCUCGAUUCGCUUUUAGCACUCGGCGAUGACUUACUUAAGGCAAAUACUUUUAUUGAAUCUUGUUCUCACAAGAUACGACGUCAGAUUGAAGAUUUAGAGAAGGUGUCUGGGGUUCUUAGUAGUUCGUUGACCGUUGAUGGUGUUCCCGUAGAUUCAUAUCUAACAAAAUUUGUGUGGGAUGAGGCCAAGUAUCCAACUAUGACUCCUCUUAAGGAGAUUGUGGAUGGUAUUCACGUAGAAGUAGCUAAGAUUGAUGAUGAUCUUAAGGUUCGGAUUGCUGAGUAUAACAAUGUUCGCAGUCAACUCAAUGCAAUUAACAGAAAGCAGACUGGAAGCUUAGCUGUUCGGGAUUUGUCCAAUCUUGUGAAACCAGAGGAUCUUGUCACUUCAGAACAUUUGGUUACUCUUAUUGCUGUUGUCCCCAAGUAUUCACAAAAGGAUUGGUUGUCAAGUUAUGAGACUUUGACAACAUAUGUGGUCCCCAGAUCCUCCAAGCACCUACAUGAGGACAAUGAGUAUGCUAUCUAUAACGUGACAUUAUUCAACCGCGAUGCUGACAAUUUCCGAACCAAGGCACGUGAAAGAGGGUUUCAAAUUCGCGAUUUUGAAUAUAGUACAGAAACUCAAGAGAGUCGGAAGCAAGAACUUGAAAAACUGAUGCAAGACCAGGAAUCCCUGAGGAACUCUCUUUUAAAUUGGUGUUAUACAAGCUACGGAGAGGUCUUUACUUCCUGGAUGCAUUUUUGUGCCGUACGUUUAUUUGCUGAGAGCAUUUUGAGAUACGGAUUGCCACCUUCAUUUCUGUCUGUUGUGUUGUCACCAUCUGUGAAGAGUGAGAAGAAAGUACGUUCCAUCCUAGAAACUCUAUCUGACAGUUCUAACAGCACGUUCUGGAAAACGGAUGACGAUGGAAAUAUGGGUGGCUUAGGUGGUGAUGCUGACACUCAUCCUUAUGUCUCGUUCACCAUUAAUCUCAUAUGAGUCUACUGCUGGGGUGGUGUCAAACACCAAAUCGUCUCAAUAAUCUCCAAGUUAUAAAAUCUGUAAGGUGUAUUCAUCUGAUUUUAGUUAUUCAGUGCUGUCCUUUUUGGUUCUUUUAUUUUGGCAUAUGAAGAUAUGUUCGCCUGAUGGUUACGCUAAUAGCUCGGUACAGGCAUUUGGUUAUUCGUUAUUUGGAAAGUUAUGUAAUAAGUAAUCUUGGCUAUGCUUAAAAUAUACAUACCAUGUAAAAUCGAACUUGGAAAUAAGGUUUUUGUUAUAUUUGUAAA